AGGAGCAGCAGGAGGAGCAGGAGGAGGAGGACUCGCUAUAAUAGUUGAGAUCGGAUUUGGGAAGACUUCUCUACAUGGGGACGAGACAUGACGUCCACGGCCAGUGAGAGGAGGGCGUUCGCGCACAAGAUAAACCGGACUGUGGCGUCGGAGGUCAGGAAGCAAGUCUCUAGAGAGUAUGGUUCUCCUCAGCUGUCCAAGAAACGAGGAGGAGCCCAUCUCCCCGUGCCCCUGUCGGAGGUGGUUGAGCCUGUGGACUUUGAGGAGUACGUGAGCAGCCACGCCCCGGGGGCGGAGCCCGGCCCUCUGCGGCAGCUGACGGAGUUCCCGCAGGAUGACCUGGUGCUCUUCCAGCAGGAGAGGGAGUGCAACACACUGGAUCCUCCGCUGCCUGAGGAGGACACACUAGACCCCAGAGUGAGGGAUGCCCUGGCGGUCUACACGGACCACUGGCUCAUCAUUCAGAGGAAGUACCAGCGCUACAGCACCACACACACCCCCCACAGCUCGGAGCGGCAGCGGGAAAGGCAACGGGGGCUGCUCAAACAGACCUUUGAACUGGACGAGGCCGCCACCGCCGAGCGCCAAGAUGACCAGGAUGACACUAAGAGGAGGUCCGUCUCCCUUGAAGACACCCCCCGGGGCAGCUGGGCCUCCAGCAUCUUCGACCUGAAGAACUCCUCCCCGGACGCCCUCCUGCCGUCCGUGCUGGAGCGCACGGCCGCGGAGGACAUGGACCGCCGCAACACCGAGGCCCGCCAGCAGGGGCGCCAUCCAGACCUGCUGGGCCUCUACUCUCCCCCCGAUGAGGAUGAAGCGGUGGAGAGGUGCUCCGUCCCCGAGGUGCCCAGAGAACACUGUGGACAGAGAAUCAUGGUCAAGUGUCUCUCCCUCAAAUUCGAAAUAGAAAUUGAGCCGAUAUUUGGGACCCUCGCUCUAUAUGACGUCAAGGAAAAGAUAAAGAUUUCCGAGAACUUCCACUUUGACCUGAACUCGGAUCAGAUGAAAGGGCUGCUGAAGCCCCACACGCCCCACACGGCCAUCUCGACCCUGGCCCGCUCCGCCAUCUUCUCCAUCACGUACCCCUCCGCCGACAUCUUCCUGGUCAUCAAGCUUGAGAAGGUCCUUCAGCAGGGAGACAUCGGGGAAUGCUGUGAACCCUACAUGGUCAUGAAGGAAUCGGAUUCCUCUAAGCACAAGGAGAAGCUGGAGAAGCUCCGGUCGCAGGCAGAACAGUCGUGUGGCCGUCUGGGCCGGUUCCGCAUGCCUUUUGCCUGGACGGCCAUUCACCUCCUCAACAUCGUCAGCAGCGUAGGAGGCCUGGACCGCUCCGAUCCGGACUCCGACUCUGAGCGGAAGGGCCAUGGAACGUGGAAUGAGAGGAAGAAGAAAGGCUUCGAGCGCAUGAGCGUGGGAGAGGAGAUGUGCAACUUUGCCACCUUCCGUCCAGCCACCCUCACAGUCACCAACUUCUUCAAACAGGAGGGAGACAGACUGAGUGAUGAGGACCUUUACAAGUUUUUGGCAGACAUGCGCAGACCGUCCUCUGUUCUGCGCCGACUGAGGCCUGUCACAGCCCAGCUGAAGAUCGACAUCUCUCCAGCCCCAGACUUGCCUCACUACUGUCUGUCCCCUGAGCUGCUGCAUGUGAAGCCCUACCCUGACCUGCGUGUUCGACCCACCAAGGAGGUGCUGGAGUUUCCCACUCGCUACGUCUACACACCCCACACAACCUACCGGAACCUACUGUAUGUAUACCCUCAGAGUCUGAACUUCAGCAGCCGUCAGGGCUCUGUGAGGAACAUCGCCGUGAAGGUUCAGUUCAUGGCAGGAGAGGACGCCAGUCAGGCCAUGCCGGUCAUCUUCGGGAAGUCCAGCUGUGCUGAAUUCAUGAAGGAAGCGUACACACCCAUUAUCUACCACAACAAGUCACCAGAGUUUUAUGAGGAGAUGAAGAUGAAGAUUCCCGCCAAUCUGACGGACAAUCACCACCUGCUGUUCACCUUCUACCACAUCAGCUGCCAGCCCAAACAGAACACCCCCCUGGAAACCCCGGUGGGCUACACGUGGAUCCCCCUGAUGCAGCACGGCCGACUACGCACUGGGUCUUUCAGUUUGCCCGUCUCUGUGGAGAAACCCCCGGCCAGCUACUCCGUACUCACCCCCGAUGUUCAGCUGCCAGGCAUGAAGUGGGUGGAUAAUCACAAAGGGGUGUUUAACGUGGAGGUGACGGCAGCCUCCUCAGUUCACACUCAGGAUCCCCACCUGGACAAGUUCUUCACUCUGGUCUACGUUCUGGAGGAGUACUCCUUCCCCUUCCGGCUGAAGGACGUUAUCAUCACCGAGGCCAACAUGGAGGGCGAGCUGAAGGCCAGCAUGGCUGCCCUGAGGGGGGCUCUCCUGGAUACCUGUGUCAGGUUUCUGCACCAGCUGCUGGGCAAACUCAUCCUGCUCAUUGUCUACCCACCCGUCAUCGCCGGCCAGAUAGUGAACCUGGGCCGGGCAGCCUUCGAGGCCAUGGCUCUGUUAGUCAACCAGAUCCACAAGAACCUGGAGGGGAACCAGGACCAGCAUGGCCACAACAACUUGCUGGCCUCUUACAUCCACUACUGCUUCCACCUGCCCACCGCCGAGCCCACCAUACCCCCCGCAACCACCUCCAUGCCCUACGAGAUGCCCAUCCAGUACGCCACCUUAUCCCGGGCCACGGCCCGGCCCAGCAGCCUCCACCUGUCCCGCUCAAAGAGCAUCAGCAACUCCAACCCAGACCUGGCGACCACCCCUGCAUCCCCUGACGAGGAGGUGCAGAGGAUCAUAGGAAGCAAGGGGAUAGACCGUUCUCACUCCUGGGUAAACUCUGCUUAUGCUCCGGGGGGCUCCAGAGCUGUGCUGCGCCGGAACCCGAACUCCAGCUGUGAGCUCAAGCAGGCGAGCGAGCGUAGCUCCAAUCGCAUGUCUGCCUUUCUGGAAAGCACCUCGCUGUGUUCAGUUCCCACAAGGCAGAUUGCCAAGAAGCUGCUCCAUGAGGAGCUGGCGCUGCAGUGGGUGGUCAGCACCAGCGCUGUGAGGGAGGCGGCUCUGCAGCAAGCCUGGUUCUUCUUCCAGCUCAUCACAAAGAGCAUGGCCCACCACUUAUUCCUGUCCUCCCGAAUGGACGUGCCGAGACGUCAGCGGUUCCCAGAUCGCUUCGUGGACGAUGUUGCGGCACUCGUGUGUGCCAUUAGCGCAGAUAUCGCCAGCCGAUACCACAAGGAUGUGGAACUUGUGGAGAGAUUAAACAGCAGCCUGGCCUUCUUCCUGAAUGACCUGCUGUCUCUCAUGGACCGGGGCUUUGUCUUCAACCUCAUCCGCUCCUACUACAAACAGAUCGCCAACAAGCUGCACACGGCCCAGAACCCCUGCUCUCUGAACGCCCUGAGGAUGGACUUCACCCGUAUAGUCUGCAGCCACGAGCACUACGUCACCCUCAACCUGCCCUGCUGCACGCUCAGCCCGCCCGCCUCCCCCUCUCCCUCCACCUCCUCCACCACCUCACAGGGUUCAGCCUUCUCCAGCAUGGUGCAGGACCAAGGUGUGGCCAGCAUGUUUGAGCUCUCCGUCCCUUUCCGUCAACAGCACUUCCUGUCUGGCCUGCUGCUGUCUGAGCUCUCUCUCAUCCUGGAGCCCGAUGGAGAAGGGGUCUUCUUCCUACAUAAGAAAGCAAUAAGCGCGGUCCACUCAUUGCUAUGCAGCCACGACGCGGACCCUCGCUACACUGACCCGCAGGUCAGAUCCCACAUCGCCCAGCUGUACCUGCCACUCAUCCCCGUCGUCAUGGAGACCCUGCCCCAGCUCCACGACUUCAGUGAUACCUCGCCUGCUAGGACCCGCCAUGCCUCCGCCCACGCUGACGACGGUGACCCAGACAACGGUAGCGCCAUUAGUCAGUCUGUUGCCAUGGCAAUCGCUGGUUCCCCGCUACCACAUGCCAAAACCAACCCCUUCGCCCUUCCUCCAGCGGCGGGCCGGCAGUGCAGCUCGCUGUCUGCAGAGUGCAGCAGGACCCUGCUGGUGUGUUUCCUGUGGGUGCUGAAGAAUGCGGACGCGGCUCUUCUGGAGCGCUGGGUGUCCGAUCUGUCUGUGCUGCAGAUCAACCGCCUCCUGGACCUCCUGCAUCUCUGCGUCUCCUGCUUUGAAUACAAGGGAAAGAAAGUUCUGGAGAGGAUCAACAGCCUGACCUUUAAAAAGUCCCAGGACAUGAAGGCCCGUCUGGAGGAGGCCAUACUGGGAACCACCGGAGCCCGCCAGGAAAUGGUCCGCCGCUCCAGAGAGAGAAGUCCUUACGGCAGCCAGGAGAACGUGAGAUGGAGGAAGAACGUGACUCACUGGAGGCAGAACACAGACCGAGUGGAUAAAGAACGCCGUCUCUUACACAGGACCAAGGCUGAGGUGGAGCAGGAGUCUGUGGUGGAUGGAAACCUUUCUACCGAGGCUUCUCUGGUCGUGCUGGAUACACUGGAGAUCGUAGUUAAGACGGUGGUAGCAUCGGAGCUGAAAGAGAGCGUUCUGGGCGGGGUGCUGAGAGUUCUCCUCCACAGCAUGGCAGGCAACCAGAGUGCCCUCUUCCUGCAGCAUUGCUUCACCACACAGAGGGCCCUGGUCUUCAAGUUUCCAGAGAUGCUGUUCGAGGAGGACACGGAGCUGUGUGCGGACCUGUGCCUGCGUCUUCUGCGUCACUGCAGCAGCAGCGUCGGCUCGGUCCGAAGCCACGCCUCCGCUUCCCUCUACCUGCUCAUGAGACAGAACUUCGAAAUCGGCAACAACUUUGCCCGUGUGAAGAUGCAGGUGACCAUGUCUCUGUCCUGCUUGGUGGGAACUUCUCAGAACUUCAACGAGGAGCACCUCCGUCGCUCCCUCAAGACCAUCCUGACGUAUGCCGAGGAGGACCUGGAGCUUAGAGACACGCCUUUCCCAGAGCAGGUCCAGGAUCUGGUGUUCAACCUGCACAUGAUUCUAACUGACACAGUCAAGAUGAAGGAGCACCAGCAGGACGCCGAGAUGCUCAUCGACCUGAUGUACAGGAUUGCCAAGGGCUACCAGAACUCGCCGGACCUGCGCCUGACGUGGCUCCAGAACAUGGCCGGUAAACACUCGGAGCGAGGGAACCACGCUGAGGCAGCUCACUGCCUGGUCCACAGCGCCGCCCUGGUGGCGGAGUACCUCAACAUGCUGGAGGACUGCCGCUACCUGCCUAUCGGCUGUGUCACCUUCCAGAAUAUUUCCUCCAACGUGCUGGAGGAGUCAGCCGUGUCCGAUGACGUCCUGUCCCCAGAGGAGGAGGGCAUCUGUGCAGGGAAAUACUUCAGCGAGUCCGGCCUGGUUGGUCUGCUGGAGCAAGCAGCUGCUUCUUUUAACAUGGCUGCCAUGUACGAGGCUAUAAAUGAAGUGUACAAGAUUCUGCUGCCCAUCCAUGAGGCCAACAGAGACUUCAAAAAGCUGGCCACCGUCCACGGCAAGCUGCAAGAUGCCUUCAACAAAGUCUACAACCAGAGCUCAGGAUGGGAGAGAAUGUUUGGUACCUACUUCCGGGUGGGCUUCUACGGCUGUCGCUUCGGGGAUCUGGAUGAGCAGGAGUUCGUCUACAAGGAGCCGUCGAUCACCAAGCUCGCGGAGAUCUCCCACAGACUGGAGGAGUUUUAUUCAAAGCGGUUUGGGGAUGACGUGGUUGAAAUCAUCAAAGACUCCAACCCGGUGGACAAGAGCAAGCUCGACCCCAACAAGGCCUACCUGCAGAUCACCUACGUCGAGCCCUUUUUCGACACCUACGAGCUGAAAGAGAGAAUCACCUACUUUGACAAGAACUACAACCUGCGCACCUUCAUGUACUGCACGCCCUUCACGCUGGACGGCCGAGCCCACGGCGACCUGCACGAGCAGUACAAACGCAAGACCAUCCUCACCACCUCUCACGCCUUCCCUUACAUCAAGACCCGCAUCAACGUCAUCCACAAAGAGGAGAUCAUUUUAGUCCCCAUGGAGGUGGCCAUUGAAGACAUGCAGAAGAAGACUCAGGAGCUGGGUUACGCCACCCACCAAGACCCUGCAGACUCCAAGAUGCUGCAGAUGGUGCUGCAGGGGUGUGUGGGCACGACUGUAAACCAGGGGCCCCUGGAGGUGGCACAGGUCUUCCUCUCUGACAUUCCUGAUGACCCGAAGCUGUUCCGCCACCACAACAAACUGCGCCUGUGCUUUAAAGACUUCACUAAGAGGUGUGAAGACGCCCUGAGGAAAAACAAAGCCCUGAUCGGGCCGGAUCAGAAGGAGUACCACCGCGAGCUGGAGAGGAACUACAACAAGCUGAAAGAAGCCCUGGGUCCCCUCAUCAACCGCAAGAUCCCCCAGCUGUACAGACCGCUGCCGGCUCACGCUAUGCAAACACAAAGGAACUCCUUCAGCAGGUCCAGCCUCCGCCGAGUGGACUGCUGAACCUCGGAGGACCGGAACACCAUGGAGAAUUAGUCCAAACUGGAAAUUAAACUCAUUUAAUCCCUAUCACACACACACACCCUCUCCCCAUCCACACCACAUCUGCCCCCCCCCCCCAACUCAUUACCUCCUGCACCAUCUCACCCUGUAAUCCCCCCACUGCUUCCCUCGCUCCUACCGGAAAGAAAAGAGCCCUGUGCCGUUGAUGCUUCCUGCUUUAUCUGCAGUGUAAACAGUCAUUUGCAGAAACAGGGUUCUGGUCUCUGGAGCUUUCUAAACCAAACUCUGCAGCGAUGACCCGGCGAAGGCACCACACACGUCGUGGUCCGCUCCCCGACGUCCGACACGACCCGGGCCAGAUUGCCUGCCUCCGCCGGGCCGCACGGGGGCCGUUUGGGUCCUGCCGAACAUUUGUUUUUAUCUGUUUCGUGUUGUUUUUCUCUGCUCGUCUGCUGCUGGGUUUCUGAUGUUUGCUCUUAAAGGCCGUAGUCGCACAAUCGAUGUGAGUCUGUCCGACCCAUUACGCAGCUUUAGUCCUUCGUCCGCACAUUAUUUUUUAACAUUUUUGCUUUUUAGAUUUUUUUCUACGGGACCAGCGGUAGUUACUGCCAAAGUCACAAAAAUAUCCCAGGGAGCUUUUCUGGUAGCGGCACACCAAAUAACUGACAUUCCUGCUCACAUUCGUCCGCCCGUCUCCCAUUAGAAGAAUUCAUUACAGCAUUUCCAGAUAAGAGAUCAGGCCAGUUAGGAGGAGAAAAGCAGAAGGGAGGGGGCGUUAUAUAAAUGUGUCUCUUUCUUUUUUUGGCUCCCCCCCCCCCUCCCUUUUCUCCCAGCUGUACUUGGCCAAACACGCCACUUUUUUUGAGCCGUCCCGUUCGCUGCUUCACCCCGGGCCAAUCUG